AGAAAAAAAGUUUCCUGGGACAAAUCCACAGAUUGACCUGUGUUUGCAAGCUUCCCCUUUCUGCAUUUAGGAGAAGAGAAAGAAGGGAGAAGGUGAUGGCAGCACUGAACGCCUUGAGUGAGGUCCAGGCAAAACACGUGUGGGGAUUUUCCCCCAAGAAACUGGGAAGGGAGAUGCUACAGAUGGACGCAGAGUUACCCCAACAUUGGCAAGACUUGAUCUCAACAACCGCAGGCUCUCGGCACCCCAGCUGGGGGGGCAGCCAGAGCCCAGAGGAGCCCACCCCGUGGGACGACCCCAAGGGUUUCCUGGCCUCCUUCGAACAAGUAGCUGAGGCCUGUCGGUGGCCCCGGAAAGAGUGGGUCGCCCGGCUUCUGCCUGCCCUCCGCGGAGAAGCCGAACAAGCUUUCGGUAACCUGGGGGCUCGAGACCGGCAGGAUUACGGGAAGGUGAAAGCCGCCAUCUUGCACCGGGACGCCCUGAGCCGGGAGAAACGAAGGCAGCACUUCCGCCGUUUCCGCUACCAGGAGGCUGAGGGGCCGCGCGGGGUUUACAACCGGCUCCAGGCGCUGUGCCGUCAGUGGCUGAAGGUGGAGAGGCACUCCAAGGAGCAGAUCCUGGAGCUGCUGAUCCUGGAGCAGUUCCUGACCGUCCUGCCUCCGGAGAUCCAGAGCUGGGUGCGGGAGAGAGGCCCUGCGUGCUGCGCCCACGCGGUGGCCCUGGCCGAGGAUUUCCUCUGGAUGCAACGAGAGUCUUUGAGAUGGGAACAACAGGGGUCCGCAGCAGCUGUUCCCUCAGCCAAGGCAGAGCUGGACUCCCCUGACAGCGGAGGGAUUCUCCCAAGGCCAUUCCUGGAGGAAGAGGAGAAAGCUGGAAAUUCACGCGGUGACGUCCGGCAGAGCGAGAAUGGCAGGGGACUUUUGAAAGUUGCCCCCGACCAAGCUGAGCUGCCAAAGCUGGAAGAGAUUCGCCCGCUGAGGAGGACAAGGAGAAAUUACCUCACGGAGAAGUGUAAGAAAAACAUGGCUUCCCAAGCGGUGGGAUUCCAUAACUCGUCCCUCCCCGAAGAGAAGCCGAACGAAAAGAGAAAAUACAAGUGCAACGUUUGCGGGAAGUUCUUCAGCUAUAAGUCAAGUCUGAAGAUCCACCUGAGAAUCCACACCGGGGAGAAACCCUACAAGUGCUUGGAGUGCGGGAAGAGCUUCAUCCGUAGCGACCUCCUGGCCUCCCAUCAAAGGAUCCACACGGGGGAGAAGCCCUACAGCUGCUCCUUUUGCGGCAAGAGCUUCUGCGACUUGUCCACGCUGAUCAAGCACCGGAGGAUCCACACGGGCGAGAAGCCGUACAUCUGCGCGGAGUGCGGCAAGAGCUUCAGCCAGAAGGCGAUCCUCAACUCCCACCAGAGGAUUCACACGGGCGAGAAACCCCAUAAAUGCGGUGAGUGUGGGAACAGCUUCAGCCGGAGCACUUACCUGGCUUCCCAUCAGAGAGUCCACCUGGGGGAACGGAUGAAUCAACGUGCAGAUUGUACCCUCCCAGAUCAGCCCAAACUGAUUCACUCCCCUGUCGUCCUGGUGGAGGAGAAGACCCAUCAAUGCCCCGAAUACGGUCAGAAGUUGAAGCAGCGUUCACCAUGCUUGGCCCACCAGAGGAUGUACGCCUUGGGCAAAACUAUCAGCAUUUUCGAAUGUGGAGACAAGAUUCAGUUGGAAGCCGUGGCUUGCGAGACUUCGGAGAAGCUGAGCGAUUAGCCAAGCAGCUGCUCGCUGUUGGCGAGGGGAUUUUUUUUUUCUCUCCUGGCGACUGGAGAAAUUUCCAAUCCAGCUGGCAUUAAAGCAAUAUGGGGAACUACCGCAGUUGCGUGGGGGGUGGGGCAAAAGAUUUGAACACUUUGUCCCCUUUCUUUGUCCCUUGCACUAAGGAACGACAAGGUGCUACU